CAGUCACCACUCGGACGACGUAUUCGGCGCUGCUUACCACGGCGUCUUCUUUUUCCCUUUUCCCGGUGCCUCUGCUCCGCUGGUGUGCGCGCUAGAAACCGCGCGGAGGGAAGGUGUCCGGAGGUAUCUGGGCACCCCGCGACGCUCCUCGCGCGCCGCUCGCGUUCGCCAGAAUUUGAUUCGCCGGGAUCGAGCAGGUCGACGGGCUGGGGGAUCGAACGUCGAUACGCGACCACUUUUUGGCGGGAAGAUCGAGGCGGGCCAGUGCUAUGUAGGUGACAGUGAUGCCAGUGGGUGGUCGGUUACGCUCGCCGCGUUUCGGACAGUGAGUUCGGAUACCUGCGACACGAUCAUCGCGGUUGGUGCAUGUUCGGAGGUGCUUGACGUAAACGAACGGACUGUUUUGGAGAAAAAGAGGAAGGGAGGUGCUUUAGAGUGGCAAAACGUUCCAAGUUUAGAGAGACUGAAAGUCAAAGCUUUAGAAUAUCUGGACACUGGGAGUUCAAGGUGACGGAAGAAGAGAGCUCUGGAACAUCGGAAUGUUGCAAGUUUAAGGCGACUGAAGAUCAAAGCUGUAAGAUAUCAGGAUUUUCAAAGUUCAGGGCGACAGAAGGACAGAGCUUUAGAAUAUCAGAGCAAUAGAAGUCCAAGGCGACAGAAGAACAGAGCCUUAAAACAUCAGGACGUUACAAGUUCAGAGCAAUUGAAGGACAAAGCUUCAGAGCACUGGAACGUUAGAAUUUCAGGGCAGCAGAAGAACAGAGCUUUAAAACUUCAGGACACUACAAGUUCAAAAAUAUCGAAGACUAAAGACGUGAAAUCAAGACGUGAAAAGUUCAGAGAGCCGGCCAAAGGGAGCUUUAGACGAUCAGGACAUUAGGAAUUCAAAGCUCAAGAACAAAGCUUGAACGUCAAAGCUUUACAGCAUCAGGACAUCGGAAAGCCAGAGCAUCAGAAGGUCAAAGCCUCGGUAAAUCAAAUCCCUUGGCCACAAAGAUCUUCAAACUCCAGACGCUUCGUACCCUCUACCCUCGUCUGACCAAGCACGUCUCGAUCUACUCAACCCACCGCCGCGCGCGGCAGGGAUUCCCACGCGAGCGAUAAUACACACGCAUUAAACGCUCGCAGGUGUUUAUCGUCCUCGAGCAACCUGUAUUCUCCAUCAACCAAAGAAUCCAACUUACUCAAUCCCUACUCGUUCUUCCAAAAGGGCUAUUCCCAUGAGAACAGAAGAUCCCUGAACGUCUAAAAACGUCUCGUGAACCGAGAAUCUCAGUGAAUCCAGCGAAUCGAUCGGUCAGCUCACGUGGCGUGGCAUAAUCGGUGUCACGUUCGCGACGAGAUCGCGGUUAGCGGAUUCGCGUCGUUAGGCGGAGUCGUUUGGGGAAGGUGGUCACGACGCAACAAACGGUGACGAGUUGUCGAGGAGGUGGCGACGGCGGAGGUGGAGGUGGAGGUGGCGGUGGCAGCGAGAAGACGCACCCGUAUGCGGCCGCAACCGAUACGGUAGAGGAGGUGGAGGCGCAGGAGGUGGAGGUAGAGGUCGACGAGGUUAAGAUGGAAGCCGAGGACCAUCUCGCCAGGGAAUACGUACAGGAGUUUGUUCUCGAUCAUCUCGAUCCCGCCGACGUCAAACGAGAGGUUCGUGAUGUUCGAUUCUGUUUGAGUCUGGAUUAAACGGCGAUCCAUCUCGCUAAUUGUAUCGAUAGAGGAGCCCGCGAGUGCGAACGAACGAAGACUCGAAAAGACACGACGGACCGUUUUAUUUGUUGGAUAGUUUUCUUGGAUUCGAGAGUCUUCAGGAUUGCGAUUAAGUAUUGUAACUGUUAAAUACGUAGAUGGAUUUCAUGUUGAGGUAUUCUUUUUAGUUGGGUGUUUUAUGGUGGUUUGUUUGAUUUUUGAUUAUUGAGAACUGAUGUUUUUUGACGGUUUAUUUUGGUAUUUAACGUAUAUGUGUUUUAUUAUAAUUAGGAUUCGAAGUUUAGAUUGAAAAGUUUGGAUACAUAAAAGAGUACUGUGAGUAUUUUUUAUUGUGAAAAUUAUGAAUGAUAUCCUUGUUGAAUUUAAAAACUACAUUAAGAAUAAAACGAAGAUGAGUUUGAUUAAUUUAUGAUUUAAAUCAUCUUAUUUUUAUUUUAUAUAUACAGCGAGUGCCUGAAUAUUAAAUCUAUUCUUUUUAAUAAUUUACUAAUACUUUAUAAUUUCAUUCUGAUAAUGAAUUGACUGUAACUAAUUUCACUAUACUUUCGACAUAACGUUUUCUUCAAAAUUCUUAAAUUUAGAGAGUAAUCCCAUUAAAAUUCUCAAUUUCUUAUUUCCAUGAAAAAAAAACCAUCGUACACUUUUAUGCAUUGAAAUAUCUAAAGAUCUAAUCCAAGAGUCACAGUGUUAUAACAAAUAAAGCUUGUGUCGAGACUGGCGAAUUUAACUAACAUUAUUCGAUACUACAAAGUAACUAACCCAUAACGUUCAUCUAAGAACACGUUUCAUUUGUAAUAAUAACAAAUAGACAUUCUCAGUCCCGUUUGAUGUUAGGCAAAUGUCAGAAACUUGUGCUGAACCUUUUCGAGUUGGACUUGAUACAUAAUAAUCAGAUUAUCGAACACAGGAAAUGUAAUACUUCUACUAAACUGUUAAUAAUCAUACCAAUAAAAUAAAUUUCAAGUGUCGAUGACUGGGAUAGUGUUGAAUCAUUGGGAGUGGAGACCGGACAAGUGAACCACGUUUCAAGGUACGAAUCAGCUCACCAAUGAUGGUGAACGGUAGCGUGGUACAGUUACCUGGCCAGGUGCAGGCGCAGGGCCUGGCAUUGGCUCCCCUGACGCCGCCGGCGCACGAAUUGGAGCAACCUCAUCCCCUGUACGGGCAGCCGCACAUUCAGGUGCAGCACGGAGUCCUGGUGAAGGCACCGCCGGGUACAGCUUCUCACCUAACGACCCUCUCGCAUCCUGGAACACCGCCGGACACGCCUCCGGUCUCUGCCUCGCCGCCGCCAUUGCAGUUGCAUCGCGGCGAACGGGAUUCCCGCGAAAGGGGCCUCUUCUUGCAUCUCCAGCAGCCAGGCUCGCUGGCCCAAGACGAGAUGCAGCCAGGCACCGGAGGUAUGGGCUGGCUGACGCAGUCCCUCAGACAGGAACCGCUCGACCUCAGGCCUCAUUGUCCCCAGGAGCAGACGCCCGAGCAUCAUCACGAGGCUUGGCAUCCGACGCCCACGCAUCAUCAUUUCCAAGACCUCCAUCAGCUGCAGCGUCAGGCCAGGCACACUGGUGGAUACAUCACGAUGUCGGGUCACUUAGAGUACUACGGGGGCACGGGCGCAGGCAGCGGGAUGCUUCCCGCGGGCGGAAGUGGAAUGUCGGGGAUGGAAGACAGCAUGCAGGGCAUACCUAUGCAACCGGGAAGACCGAUGAGCGUUUGUUCAGUGAGUUCUUGCGGUGCUGGAGGACCUAGUCCCGCGCACAGGACAGGCAGUGCCCUGUACCCGAGUUGCGGCAGCAACAACCCCCAGGAAGAACUCAUGAACGACGAGCUGCUCAUGUCCCUUUCCGUGCGCGAACUAAACAAACGCCUCCAUGGCUGCCCGCGGGAAGAGGUGAGUCAGGUCGUGCGCCUCAAGCAGAAGCGACGGACCUUGAAGAACCGCGGCUACGCUCAGAACUGCCGCAGCAAACGGCUCCAGCAACGCCACGACCUCGAGACGACGAAUCGCAACCUGCAGAACGAGCUCCAACGGCUCAAGAUCGAGCUGGCCCGCGUCCAGCAGGAGCGCGAUCUCUACAAGCAGCGAUGCGAGAUCCUACGCGCCAGACAGAGCCAUCAUCAUAACCACAAUCACAGCCAUCAUCAGCAACAGGCGUCGCAGCAGCAACCGCAGCCCCAGCCCCAGCCCCAGCAACCGCCGCAGCAUCAGACAUCGAAUCAACAGCAACAACCGCCCCAGCAACAGCAACAACAGUCGCAACAGCAACACCAACCAGCGCCUGCUAGCCCGGAGGUCUACCUGUGACAUCGACAGCGCCGAGGAGGCGCUUGCUGGACCUGAAGAGAAACACGACGUCGUCUGAUCGUGAAAUUCUCGAUGGCGACAUACCUUGGCGAUGGGUUGAAAAAGACCAGCCAGGCAAUCGAGUAUUCCUUCGAGAAGCAGUUUUUUCAAUCGAGACUUAAGUCUUAAGCACAUCUCUAAGCUCGUCUAAGUGUAUAUAGCGCUCAGUUCUCCGUCGUCUUUCGUUUCGUCCCUUUUCUCUACACGCAGCUUCGUUAAAGCCACGUCGAGGGCCUUGACUGUUAAUAAUGACUUUGUAAAUCGUGUCCACGGAGUUACGGCGUAGCUAAGGUAUCAUUAGAUUAAAGGUAAUUAGUUCUAUUCGCAUAGGUAUAUGGAUAAUAUGCUCGUGGUAGACUGAACGUCUUUGCCAAAUAUUGUACCAAAAAAGAGAAAAAAAUAAAUAUAUUGAGGAAACUGUACUUUGUCGUAGCGCAAACAAAAAAAAAAAAGGAACAGUGAUGAAAGCUUGCGUGAAGAUAAACGUAGCGUUUAAGGGUUUCAUUCUAUUUGUUAUUUAAUUUCUAGCCAAAGAGAUCAUUUUUAUUCUUACGACGCGAAUGAUCGUGGAUAGCCUUCGGUGCUGGCUGGUGUCUUUGUUGCGUUUUUUAAGUUUUAAAUGCACGGGAAGAUUCGAGAAAUUUGAGGUGCAUAUAGAAGCGUGUGCGAGAGAUUUUUAAUUAAUAUAAAUUUGCAAGUUAGUCUUAGUUAAUUUAUUUCAAAUUUGAAAUUAUUAUAUAUCUUAGUCUUAGAAGCUUUAUGUAUUUAUCGAACAUUCUGAACUGUAAUCUCAACCCUUUAUGGAAAAGAAUGUUAUCUAAGGAAGAGUAAAAUUUAUCGUUUAUACAUUUAAUAGUUUUACUGUAUUAAAUAGUAAUUUAAUUAGUAAAUAAAUUCCGAUGAUUCCUCGCACGUUUUUGUAGUAACUUUUACACAAUCACGUACGUGGGAUAUGAUGUCCUUGAACUUGAACAUUGUGGCAGCACCGAGGAUGCUUUCCGUUAAUAGAACGACCAUUCUGUAAAUUUAUACUUUGAAGCGGAUAGUUGAGAAUCUUUUAGGUAAUAGCCAAGUUUCGUUGGCUACGGUUGUUUUUAUCGUUUCGUUGGUAAAUAGACAUUACGAAUGUCAUCGUUUAUCCUCAGCGAUGGAUAUCGUUUUCGCAGGGAAGGACUAGUAUCGACGAAGGUGGUGUUUGGCUUUGAAUUCUUCCGGAGCAAUUUUUUAAUUUGUAUACUCAUACUAUUAUUAUAUAUUCCAACAGCAGUUUUGGUUAAAUAAUUUAAAACGCGAUUUUUAAAUGAAUGCAUUAUUGAAUUAUUCCAAAGGACUCUAUUGAAGCACUGGAGCUUAUUUUAAAUCGGAAUGUAAUAAAAGUUUUUAGAAUUUCUAUUAUGUGUUGCAUUGAAAAUUACAGAAAAUUACAGAAAAUUGCGGAAAAACAAUUAGUUGUAUUCUUUGUGGCUAAAUUUUUUAGAAUAUACGAUUAGGCCCAUUAGUAUUAAGUUAAAGAGCCAAAGAUUGUUCAUGUCGAUACUUGUCCUUCAGGCCAGCGUUUCCCAAACUAGGUUCAACUUCGCACUAAAAAGUAGAAGAAUUGAUUUUUAUAGUCAUUACAGUUUCAUGAAAAUAGGCACACUUUAAAGUAAGGAAAGUAACUUUUUAUGUUCAUAAUGAUACCAUUAAAAUAGAAGAGUCAAUUUUUAAAUCCAUCAAACUUUCAUUAAAAUUCGAGAAUGAAUUUUUAUAUUUAUUAUUCGCUAAAACCCCAAAUAACUUUAAAUGAAUGUAAAUGUUGGUGGAGAGAAAAUUCACAAACCUAAAAAUAUUGAAAAUUCCAAGCAAAAAAAAAUUGCAAUAACAUCUACCCUUCCGAAUUGAUUUAUAACAACAAUGAGAAAAAUGUUCUCUGAUUGAACAUCCCUGUUUGGGAAACGCUACUUUAGGAAAUCACAAGAAUUAGGAGGAAAUACGAUUCGAAUCGUGAUGAUUCGAUACUGACUCGACUAAAUCGGCGAGAUCUGCUUCUACUUAGAGUACCUACGACGUUCGAUCGUGCACGCAUGAGUGCGAGUGUCUGUCUCCUUAAAGGGUGGCGUUUGGCGAAGAACGCGAGACCCGAUGGAUCUCAGAAGUUGCAUAACAAAGUCGUGUCGGUGCAUUUUCGCACCGACGCGACACGACACGGUGAUAUCGUUUUUAGUACUUAUGCAGUGGCGUGUUAUACCUUCGCAGGGCCCGCGACAAAAUUUAAGGGGCCCCAUGAUAAGAGAAUCACAAAUUGAAAACGUAUCUCAAAUUCAAUCUCAUUUCAUCGAGACAAUGAAAUGUUAAUUAGAAAAUAACACACAACAGGACAAUAAUUUGGAAAUAAUACACCGUACCUACAGUCAGAAAUGGAUAAAAUUCUUAUCUAGAUAGACACUUUGAAUGACGAAUAAAAAGUGAAUAGUUUUUGCUUCGUUAUUUGUUCGAUAAAAAUUGCUAUUAAAAUUUUUAAAUGACGUGGAAUUUUAUAUCGACUGAAUGAGACCUGGGUAACUGUGUGAGAGAAUAAACAUGCAGUUAAAUUGCUAUAGGGUGCUUUACUAUUCGUCAUCUAUUAUUCGAAUACAAUUUUGCUCAUCUCUGCCUGUAGUUAAUCUGAUCAGUAGCCUGCGGAUUUGAUAUAUUUAUGGUGCAUACGAAUAUGAAGAACACAGUUAUGAAAUAUGAAUGUUAAUACUAUUACAUUAAUCGAUUAAUUAAUAUAUUUAUUUCAUUAAUAUCAUAAUAAUUAAUUAAUAUACUCAUUUAUUCGUAAAUAAAUAUUUCAAUGAUACAUUAAUUUAAUUAAUAUAAUAAUAAUUCAUGUAAUAUUCUAAUAUUAAAAUAUUCAUUUCAUUAAUAUUAACCCAUAAAUCUCAUCAAUGUCAACAUAUUAAUUCUAUUAACAAAAAAUAGACUAAUUAUUAUUCCAUAUUAGCAUACACCAGAAAUGCAUGAAAUCGUCAUUCAGCUAACAAAUAUCCCCGCUAGUUUACUUGUCCUGUGUGUGUCACAGAUCCUACCAAAAAAUUAUGUGUAAAAGAAUCAAUUCAAUGCUGUCAACCAUUGAUCAUAUCAAGUUUCUCAAACAAAGCUCAUUCCUCGUAUAUCAUACAAAAAUCAUUGAAAUGAGCUUUCCUAUGCAUUGAAUUUUUAGAGGGGGCCCCCGUUCGAUCAGGGUCCUGGUCAAAUAUUGUUCUUGGGAUAACACGUUACCGUACUUAUGGCACAAAAUGAUCUGUAUACGGUAGCUCUAUAAAUUAUCGGCCAUGUUAUUCGUUUCGUUUAUUUUCUAGGGAAUGUUUGGACGAGAUGGGGCUGUUUUUAUUUUCUCUUUUGCGUUCAAACAGCGGCGUAAAUUUUGUGGCGAGUGCGUUCUCUCUGCAAUUGCCCGCGUUGUAGUAAACGUUGUUGCAGGAAUAUUUGAAAAUUAAGUAUUUGUUAAGUAUCCGUUUAUUUUUUUUGUUUUUUUUUUUUUAAAUAUAUAUAUAUUAGUGGAUGCUUUUGUUUCGUAUUCUUUGUUUGGGGAUUGUGCAAGGGUGCAAGCGAGGAGGUUGAUACAAAAAUUACGCCACUGUCAUAUCGGAUGACAUACGAAGCAUAUAUUAUUGUUUUGUCGCGUUGGAUUGCGACUCGGUCGUUUGUGUCGAUCGUGGCGUGUCCGAUACGAUUUAAGAAUAUUUUAAUUCACGUUACAUUGUCUCAUGUGUACAUAAAAUAAUUAUUAUACUUCUUAUUAUAAAUAAAUGCCGACAACGGCAGUUUCAGAUA